GCCUUAGUCACCUCGCAGCGGACUCGGGCUCCCUCGGUCUCCCGUCAACCCCCGACCUCUCCCCUAAACUUUGGACAUUCUCCCCUACGGUGUACCUGACCCCACUCCACCAAUCCCCAGACCCACCGCAGUCCUCCCCACUUUCCGCGGAGGCCACCGGCCGAGAGCCGAGGGCGCCUUUUGCACCGGCGCGGCCAGCGCGGGGUGCAGAGGCAACCCCGCAGCGCUGGGCGUGGGUUUCCCGAAACGCCGGGCCGACUGUCUGGGAGUGGCCCGUAGCCCCUGGCCGAGGGCUGGGGGAGCCUCCGCAACAGGCCCGGCCCCCAACCGGAGGAGCGCCGUCCGCGGUGGGGCUGUUUUCCGAGGUCUCUGUGUUGGUUAGUUGAAACAAAAAAAUAAACAUGGCCUUCUACAGUUAUAAUUCAUUCUUAGCUAUUUUCUGGACAAGACUGCCUGGCCAUUGUGUGUACCCUUCCUGCUCUCAUCUCCCAUCACUUGCAUUUCUCCACUUGCCAGAUUCUCACUUACGUACAGCCUACAUGAAAAACUGCGGAAGCAGGAAGUACUCCUACCCCAGUCUAACAGGCAAUAAUAAAGUCCAUCCCUUACGAACCAGGCUCCCACAGAAACUGCACACAAGCUGCUGGCUACAACACGCCCCUGGCAAACCUCAGCUGGAGCAAACAGGGAAGUCAAAGGCACCAAGCCCUCAGCCUACCAAAGGAGCCGAGACGGAGACGACAGAAGAAAAGCGGCCUCUGAGACAAAAAAUCGUGGAUGAACUCAAAUACUAUUACAACGGAUUCAGCUUGCUUUGGAUUGACACCAAAGUCGCUGCCAGAAUAGUGUGGAGGCUGCUGCAUGGACAUGCGCUAACCAGACGAGAGAGGCGAAGGCUGUUGAGAACGUGUGCUGAUGUCUUCCGCUUGGUUCCGUUUAUGGUGUUCAUAAUUGUACCUUUUAUGGAAUUCUUGAUACCAGUGUUUCUGAAGCUCUUCCCAGACAUGUUGCCAUCAACUUUUGAAAGUGAAUCCAAAAAGGAAGAAAAACAGAAAAAGACGAUGGCUGCCAAAUUGGAAAUAGCAAAAUUCCUUCAAGAAACCAUGACAGAGAUGGCGAGGAGAAACCGAGCCGAGUCGGGAGAUGCUUCUUCCGAGCUUUCCUCCUAUGUGAGACAGGUCCAAACAGGUCACAAGCCCUCCACGAAGGAGAUCGUUAGCUUCUCCAAGCUCUUCGAGGAUCAGUUAGCCCUGGAGCACUUAGACCGGCCCCAGCUGGUUGCCCUGUGCAAGCUGCUGGAACUGCAGACCUUCGGAACAAACAACCUGCUCCGCUUCCAGCUCCUGAUGACACUGAAGGCUAUAAAAGCAGAUGAUGAAAUAAUUGCCAAAGAAGGGGUGAAGGCUUUGAGUGUGUCAGAACUACAGUCUGCGUGCCGGGCCCGGGGGAUGAGGUCUCUGGGCCUCACUGAGGAGCAACUGUGCCAGCAGCUCACAGGGUGGCUGGACCUCCACUUGAAGGAGAACGUCCCUCCUUCUCUUUUGCUCCUGUCACGCACCUUCUACCUGAUAGACGUGAAGCCAAAGCCUAUUGAACUCUCACCAAACAUAGAGACUCCAAAGACAAACCUUGGAAUACCGAUACCUCCGCCCCCCGAGUCAAAGGAGAACCUCACAGACCCCGCGCCUCAGCUAAAGGGAACGAAGGAUGAAGAAUUUAUACAACUGCCUCCAGUACCGUCAUCACUCAUAACACCAGCAGCAACUAUUUCCAAAGAAGCAAUCCUCCAGGCCAAGUCCCAGGGGACCUCACAGAACAGCAAGGCUAAUUCCAAAGGAGCCUAAGGACCCCUUGAAGGCGGAGCUCCCUCUCUCCAGUCACUGCCCCUCCGCAGUGGUGUCCACAAAGCAAUUCUGGCUAAGACUGUCUAGCUUAAGAUAAAGGAUCAGCCAUUAAGUCGUUGGAGGCCUCGUGACCAUUCCAGAGAUGCAAGCAGUGACACCAAGUUCAGGCCAUUUAGAGAUGCUUAAUUACAGUCUAUCUCUACUGUAUAAUUUUGUCAUCUUACUAAACCUUGCAUAAAGCCACUUCCACCAA